UCAAUACUUGUAUUAAAGCGAACGUUAUCUUCACAUUCCAAAAGAUGGAAAAUGGAAUCAAUAAUUGUAUUAAAGCUGGAAAUAAAGAUGAUGGUUUGAUUUCCACCUUUAAACCAAGAUAAGAAAAUAUAAGGGAAAAAUACUUUAAUUGUUCUAAAUUUUGUGUUGUCGUCGUCCUCUGCAGCACCUCGUUGCCACCGUCGACCGCUACACAACCAUAGUUUGCCAGCCUUGCAGCACCUCCCGGACGCUCGUUGCCACCGUCGAUGACCGCUACACAACCAUAGUUUGCCAGCCCUGCAGCCAGCCUUAAACUUAAUCUCUAUCAGCCAGCAACGAUUUAGUCUACCGUGCAGGAUAAAUCCAAAAAAAAAACAGCUCCAAAUAACAUAAAUGGCGGAUGCUAUAGUUUCAGAAGUGGUGGGGAGAAUUGCAACUAUGUUAGAAGAUAAGAUUCGAUAUGAAGUCAAUUUGGUUAGAGGCGUGAAGGACGAACUUCGCUAUCUUUCAGAGAAGCUCAAGUCGAUCCAAAUGGUGUUGGAUGAUGCAGAAAAGAGAGGAGUGAAAGAUGAAAGUGUCAAAAGAUGGUUGAAGAAGCUCGAAGCUACGGCCUAUGAGAUGGAUGAUAUUUUGGAUGAAUGGAACUACUAUUCUCUUCUCAAAGAUAAGAUGGAACCUAAGCAAAAGAUAGGAUGCUCCUUCAUCAGAUCUUCUUGUUUAUGUUUCAAAAAAGUUUCAGUCCGUCGUGAUAUUGCCAAGAAAACUGAAAAUGUGAAAGCUAUGCUUGAACAGAUUUACGAGGAGAGAAAGAAAUUUGAUUUUGUCAUGGCUCCGCCUACAACUGAUCCCGUGCCCACACCUUGGCGAGUGCAAACCACACCUUUUAUUGACUUGACGAAAGUUCACGGGGUGGAUAUACAUAACAAAAAAGAAGACAUAGUGAGCAAACUAAUGCUUAAUGGUGGUCAUACCCAAGUUUUGUCUAUUGUUGGAACCGGGGGACUUGGGAAAACAACUCUUGCCAAACUUGUUUAUAAUGAUGAACGAGUGAAGGAUUGUUUUGAAUUAAGAAUAUGGAUUUGUGUUUCUGACCCAUUUGACGUGGCUGGGAUCGCAAUUGGAAUUGUUAACGAAGUGGGAAAAGAAACGAUUCCCCCAAAUUCCAACCAAUUGACACUGGUAUUAAAAAAGCUAGAGGCAUCCAUUUCGGGAAACAAGUUUCUUCUUGUGCUGGAUGAUGUUUGGACAGAAGACAACACCAAGUGGGAGCCUCUGAAAAUCAGUCUCCAAUGUGGUGCAGCAGGCAGUAAAAUUCUGGUGACAACGAGAAAGGAAACGGUAGCUAAGAUGGUCGGUACCUUAAACGAUGAUAUGUAUCACCCAAAUAAGCUUAGUGAAGAAGAAUGUUGGUCUUUAUUGUGUGACACAUCUCUUCUUGGAAAGAGUGAUGAAGAAUGUGGAAAAUUCGAGGUGUUUGGCAAAAAAAUAGCUAGAAAGUGCAAUGGAUUGCCUCUUGCUGCAGUUGUUUUGGGAACACUUUUGCAGUUCAAGGAUUUGGAAGGAUGGAAAGAUGUAGAGAAGAGUGAAAUAUGGCAAUUGGAGAAUGCAAAAGUAGAGCUUUUUCCUCAUUUGGUUUUAAGCUACAAUGAUUUGUCCCCGGCUCUUAAGCGUUGUUUUUCAUAUUGUGCCGUCUAUCCUAAAGAUCACCAAAUUCAUGCAAGGACUCUGAUAGAAGAGUGGAUGGCGCAAGGUUAUCUAGGUUCUGAUAGUGGAAAUGGAGCACUGGAACUCAAAGGGCGAGAGAACUUGAGAAAUUUAGCAAUGCGUUGUUUGAUUCAGGACAUUGAGAAAAGUGAGUCGGGGGAGCAGAUAGAAAGGUGUAAAAUGCAUGAUAUAGUACAUGAUUUUGCUAUGUUUCUUAGGAAGAAUGAUGACACAGAGAGAAGUUGUCAAGCUUGUGACUCUUCAUUGGUUUCUCAUGUCCAAGAAUAUCGGAGUCUUCCGUGGGACUAUGAACCACCAGUAGAUGAAAGAGACGGAAGUUUUCAAGUUUGUAAUUGCAUGAAAAGUCUUAGGGUGUUAAGAAUUAAGAAAAAUGUUAGUCUUAUUCCAGUAGGAAUAGAAAUGUUAAUUCACUUGAGAUGCUUGGAUUUUAGUUGGAUUGAAUUGCCAAAGGAUGACCUCGAAAUCAUAUGCAGGCUUUAUUUCUUGCAAACUCUUCUCUUAUCAUGUUGCGGCGUAACAGUGAUACCACGAGAAAUUGGAAAUUUGAAUCAAUUAAGACGACUUGACUUAAGUAUGAAUGGACUAGAAGUGAUUCCACAAGAAAUUGGGAAUUUGGUGAAGUUGAGAGAACUUGACUUAAGUCAUAAUUAUAGAAUGAAGGAGUUACCAGAGAGCAUUUGUAGUUUGGUUGAACUGCAAAUCUUGAAGAUUGAAGGCACUCGUAUCAACUGUGUGCCUGAAGCAUUAGGUGAGUUAAGUAAUCUCCACACACUGCAACUGUGCGAAUUUAAAGUUGGAAGUGAAUACAACAAGUUGGGUUUUCUGAAAACAGUAUACCGUUGUCUUACCGAAUCUCUACGAUUGGAAAUCUACUGGAGUAGUAUGAGUGAAAUGGAGGAAUUGGUUGAGGAUGCUCGACGAGCAGAGUUACAGACAGUCCUUCAAAAACUAAAAUCACUCAAUAUAUAUUUCAGGGGUAGGAUGAAUGAAAUGGAGCAAUCAUCAUCAUCAUCAAUGUGGAUGGAGGUAGCAGAAGCUCUCGUGCCUCAUCACAACUUGAAGAAAUUGGUAAUCAGGAGAUAUGAGGGCUCCAGGCUUCCGGAUUUUAUGUCAUCACCCCACAACUAUAUAAAAGAGAUUCAUCUGACUUUUUUGAGUGAGGUGUCAUCAUUGCCGGCUAUGGGGAAACUACCUUUCUUGGAAAUUCUUCAGUUUUAUCGUUUAGAUGAAUUGAUGUUUGUGGGAAGGGAGUUUAUAGGAAUAGAAUCUUCAUGUGAUGAUGUUGUUGUUGCAUUUCCUAAACUCGAGGUAUUGAAUUUUAGUAGAUGCUCCAAAUGGGAGGAGUGGGAGGACAUGACGGAGGAGGAAGAAGAAGAAGAAGAAUCUGCGGCCAUCUCCAUCAUGCCAUGUCUCACAAAAUUGACUAUCAGAUCGUGUACGAGGUUGAAGAAGCUGCCGCAUCGCCUCCUGCAUAAAGUCUCCUCGUCUUUGCAGUCCUUGAGUAUCAUUGAUUCAGCAGAGCUAGUAAAAACAUACGGAGAGGACAAGGAAGGUUCAGGUUGGAGAUCCAUAUCCCAACAUAAUCCCCAACUUCAACUUAAACUUCGCCUAUAGGUCUAAUGCAGACAUUUAUGUCUUUCUAUUUGUUUACCUUUUUUGAGAUUGAAUUUGGGAUUGCCAUAUGUAUUUUUCUUCUUUAGUUGUAAUUUUUUAUUAGACGGAUACUCUUUUUCCUUCAUGCUGUUUUUUCCUCUGGGUUUUUUUUACCAUGAAGGUUAUAAUGAGGUCCGGUCUUGAGUGAUCAUUCUGUGGUCUCCAAGGUUUAGGUUUUA